CCUCCCCUGCGCUCUGCUGCGUCGCCCUCGCUUUCCCCGAGCAAAGAUGGAAGUCGUCAAUCAGCUUGUGGCGGUUGGACAGUUCCGGGUCCUCAAGGAGCCCCUGGGUUUUGUAAAGUUACUAGAAUGGUUCUUUUCCAUUUUUGCAUUUGCAACGUGUGGCAGCUACUCUGGACAAUUCCGUCUCAGUGUCAACUGUCCCAACAAGAAUGAGAGCAAACUCAAUAUAGACGUGGAGUUCUCCUACCCCUUCCGGCUCCAUCAGGUGUAUUUUGAUGCUCCUACCUGUAAAGGAAGUGAACAAGAAAAGAUUUUCUUGAUUGGAGACUACUCUUCCUCUGCUGAAUUCUUUGUCACCAUUGCAGUCUUCGCCUUCCUUUAUUCUCUAGCUGCGACUGUUGUCUACAUCUUCAUGCAGGAUAAAUACAGGGAGAACAACAAGGGGCCCAUGGUUGAUUUCAUUGUCACAGCUGUUUUUGUGUUCAUGUGGUUGGUGAGCUCUUGCGCUUGGGCCAAAGGGCUUUCAGAUGUCAAGGAGGCCACCGACCCUGAUAAUGUGAUAGAAGGCAUGUCCAUGUGCCAGACAGCAGGAGUCAAAUGCAAGGAGGAACAUGAACCCGUCACUUCUGGCCUCAACACCUCUGUGGUUUUUGGCUUCCUGAACUUGGUGCUUUGGCUUGGAAACCUAUGGUUCGUAUUUAAAGAGACUGGAUGGAGUGCCCCCUUCAUGAAGUACCCACCAGCCCAGGAGAAGCAGCCAGCACCUGAUACGUACGGUGAUAGCUACAACCAAGCUCCAGGAUAUGGACAGCAGGACACAUAUGGGCAGCAGGGUGGCUACCAGCCUGACUACAGCCAGCAAGGCUAUGGUCAGCAGGGAGACUUCGGCCAGCAAGGCGGCUAUGUCCAAGGCGGGCCCACUUCCUUUGCAAACCAGAUGUAGGCGGGUUCCUACCCCCAGAUAGAAGGCAUUGUGAGGAGGAAGCAGCCAUCCUGUCCUGGCCCCCCAUGUCCCUUGUGUGGGGGAAGGGGGGGCUGGUGGGUGCUCAUACUUGGAGGUGGCUGGUGGAGCCCUCCCACCCCCCCAGGAUGAAUGUAGAUGUUUGUGCUGUUUAUAUAUACAUAUAUAUUAUAUAUAUAUGAGAAACUAUAACUAGAGGUAGACCGCUCCCUCUCCCACUGCCCCAAUGCCUCAUGCAUAAACACACUGCCCCACAUCAUUGCCCUCCCCGGGACAGUUUCUUGACCUUUGGCCUCCCCAGGCCCUCUCUCCUACACUCCCAACCAAAACGGGUUGUCUCCUCCUCAGGCACCCUUUCUCUCACCAUUUGCUUCAAACCCCAUCCCAUGCUUUCUGUAUUGUGGAAGGCAUCCCAGGACUCUUGUUUUCCGUUGAGCCUCACCUGAAGCACAUGAUGCCAAGCCUUCCUCCAUCUCUCCGCUGCAUGCCCCUGAGGAAAGCAGGCUGGGCAUGGGUGGAAGGGGACUGCAAUGGAGGGCAGUUGGGGUGUUUUCUUGAGUGUGCAAAUGCCAGGCAGAUUUGGGGUUUAAGAGGUUUGGUGGUUCAAUCCUCUAGCAGCACUUUAAAGUUUUUUUUAGCAUACACACCCUCCAUUCCUGACCCCACCCCAAUGAUUUAUGGGGUAGGAUAGAGGGCAGCUAUAUUUGGGGGAAAUUAUCCUCAGCUUUCCUUCCAGGUGGGUCCAUGCAGGUAUAAUGGGCUGUGAAAAUAACCAUGAAGAAGAAGAGGAAGAGCUGCAGCGAAGGCAGUGGUCAGAUAAGAGAAAUCUGAGUCCAAAGCAGGAAUGGAACUUGAGAAAACGUCUGAAACUUGGCCCUCCCUAGUUCUCUUCAGUAUAAAGGCGCCCGGGGCGGGGGGAGUGCUGGCACAUUCAGAGUUGCAAGAUUGAUGUCAGCUCUUUGAGGCAAACCAGACUUGAACAGUCAUGAAUACUAAAACUACUUUUAUUAUAGGGUUACAGUAAUAGGAUCUUGCAAUUCUGAAUGUGCCUCCCCGCCCCUUGCCUUUACUCUAAAGGGAACUCAGGAGGUUCAAGUCUGAGAUGCUUUCCCAAAUUCCAUUCCUGCUCUGGGCCCAGAUUUCUCUUAUCUGUUG